GCCCAGGCACGGGUUCCCUCUGAGUUGGACUGCAGCUGCUCUGUAAAUAAGCGGCCAUGAGGCUCCUUGGAGCAGUAUCUCUGCUAGCCGGGGACCGUCAGGACAGCACUUUCGCCUAGUGUGCAUCCAGGAGUCAGCGUCCAGCCUGCACUCAUGAUGACGAGGGACCUGGCUCUUGCAGGCAUGCUGAUUAGCCUGGCUUUCCUGUCACUGCUACCAUCUGGAUGUCCUCAGCAGACCACAGAGGACGCCUGCUCUGUGCAGAUUCUUGUCCCCGGCCUCAAAGGGGAUGCAGGAGAAAAGGGAGACAAAGGAGCACCCGGACGGCCAGGAAGAGUCGGUCCUACAGGAGAAAAAGGAGACAUGGGGGACAAAGGACAGAAAGGCACUGUGGGCCGCCAUGGAAAAAUUGGUCCCAUUGGCGCUAAAGGUGAAAAAGGAGACUCUGGUGACAUUGGACCCCCUGGUCCCAGUGGAGAACCUGGCAUCCCGUGUGAGUGCAGCCAGCUGAGGAAGGCUAUUGGGGAGAUGGACAACCAGGUCACUCAACUGACGACUGAGCUGAAAUUCAUAAAAAAUGCUGUUGCUGGUGUGCGUGAGACCGAGAGCAAGAUCUACCUGCUGGUGAAGGAGGAGAAGCGGUACGCAGAUGCGCAGCUGUCCUGCCAAGGCCGGGGAGGCACACUGAGCAUGCCCAAGGACGAGGCAGCCAAUGGCCUGAUGGCUUCGUACCUGGCACAGGCCGGCCUGGCCCGUGUCUUCAUAGGCAUCAAUGACCUGGAGAGAGAGGGCACCUUCGUGUACUCGGACCGCUCCCCCAUGCAGACUUUCAACAAGUGGCGUAGCGGAGAACCCAACAACGCCUAUGACGAGGAGGACUGUGUAGAGAUGGUGGCCUCAGGGGGCUGGAACGAUGUGGCCUGCCACAUCACCAUGUACUUCAUGUGCGAGUUUGAUAAGGAAAAUUUGUGAGUGCUGGCAGGCUGCAGCUCAGGGGAGACAGCCCUCCGAACCCCAUCUUUUAUAGACACUCAGCCUUCCAGACGCCAGUGGCCACAAGCUACCCCUGGGCAUCAGUUAACCAUGUCUGCCAGUUCCUUUCCGUAAGGAGGUUCUGAGCCUCGUUGACGGAAGGGCUGUUUGAACCGCAGGAGGGGAUUCAGUGUUUCCCAGUGCUGUUCUGAAUGGGCCAAGUUUUACCACCCUUGCCCAGCCGAGAUGCUCAUUAUGGAGUCACCACUCAGAAGGAUGCGGUGAAGCUCUGGUCUUGGUCCAGCCACAAAGCACUGUGAAUGUGGCGGCAGUGGCCGUGGGGGCAGGAGUUGCCACCCACCUUUUAAACUACACAAGAAGCACCAUUCGGUGGUGACCAACGUUUCUAUAAGUUACUCUAACACAUAGGUGCCUUUCACUAUUAUCCACAUAGGAACACUGCUGCUCUGCUUCAAACCCAUACUCCAGGAACACAAAUAAAUCCUCUGAAUUUCGCUA